AUGUUAGUGGAAGAAGGAAUUCAUACCAGUGUGCAGUGCAAGUUGCGGUAUGGACCUUUGGCAUUCGUGCUUGGUGAAAAAACAACCAAAAAACUGACACAGUACAGCAAAGUGAUAACUGUAGAUGGCAAUAUAUGUUCUGGAAAAGGCAAGCUUGCAAAACAAAUAGCAGAGAAACUCGGCUUAAAGCACUUUCCUGAAGCUGGGAUACAUUAUGCAGACAGCAUUACAGGAGAUGGAAAAACCCUUGACAUAGAGUUUAAUGGCAACUGUAGCUUGGAAAAAUUUUAUGAUGACCCGAAAAGCAAUGAUGGCCACAGCUACCGUCUGCAGUCUUGGCUGUACACCAAUCGUCUCCUGCAGUACGCAGACGCCUUGGAACACUUGCUAAGCACAGGACAAGGUGUCGUGCUGGAGCGCUCCAUCUUCAGCGACUUCGUUUUCCUGGAGGCGAUGCUCAAGCAAGGCUUCAUCCGGAAGCAGUGUGUGGAACACUACAAUGAUGUGAAGAAGGUCACCAUCUGUGAAUACCUGCCUCCCCACGUGGUGAUCUACAUCGAUGUGCCUGUUCCAGAGAUCCAGAAUCGCAUUCAGAAGAAAGGAAAUCCACAUGAGAUGAAGAUCACCUCUGCCUAUCUUCAGGACAUCGAGAAUGCCUAUAAGAAGACCUUCCUCCCUGAGAUGAGUGAAAAAUGUGAGGUUUUACUGUGCAACGCAAGGGAGGCUGAAGAUACAGAAAAGGUGAUAGAAGACAUUGAACGCCUCAAGUGUGACAAAGGGCCUUGGCUCAAGCAGGAUGAUCGGACUUUUCACCAUCUGCGAAUGCUGGUUCAGAAUAAGUUGGAUGUGCUGAAUUUCACAAGCUUCCCCGUCUAUCUUCCAGAAAUCACGGUUGGAUCUCACCAGAGUGACCGAAUCUUCAAUAAAUUCAGAGCG